UAAAUUGUGGUUAUUUGUGUAGUAUAUUAUGCCUUAUGCAAUUCAUUUUUUAUGUAAAAUCUUAUAACUAUAAAAUGUUUAUUUAAUUUCUGAUGUAUUUUAUUGUAUCAAUAUGGUAUUUAUUAAUAAAAUAAUUGUUCUCAAUUGAUUUAUAAAAAUAUUGGUCUUGCACUGAAGAACUUAAGAGUUAAGUACGUAUCUAUUUUUUUUUUAAAUUUCAAAAAAUGAGUAAUUAUCAAAAGGACAGUGAGACUCAUGCAAAUAUACUAACUGAUGUUUGUCUAAAUGUAUGUGAUUUUAUAAAAACGAUAACAAUAGAUAAUAUGUCAAAGGAUGAAAAAAUUAGUACUUUUGUGACAAAAAUUGAUGAUCUACAACUCCUUUGUUCAGAACUUAAUACAAAAUUAAAUAAAAUUAAUGAGCAUGUUAAGACAUUGGCUGAUUCAUUGCAUUUUACAUUUAACCAAGACGAAUCUGUUAUUGAUUUAUUGAUUCGAUGGAAUUCAUCACUUUUAAAAAAAAAUGUUGUUUAUUCUAAAAAGAGAAAGCUAUAUUCUGCGUAUUCGCCUCUUAAAUUGUCUCUUAAAGAUAAAGUUGAUGGAACUAAAAAUAAUUUAAAAAGUACAAAAUUUGAAAAGGAAAAUAAAGUGUCUUCUCAAAAUGAAUUAAAACAUGUUUGGAAAUUAGAAACCAAGCGUGAUGGAAAUCCUAUAGAUUUAUUAAAAAAGUCUAAACAAACUACUUUAGCGUUCAAACUUCAAGAAGAAAAGGUCAAAAUGGAUAUAACCACCAUAAGUAGUUCAACGCCAAAAAAAUCUAAUUUAAAUUUAAGUGGUAAUUUCAGUCCUGAAGUAUUAAGUAUGAAAAGUAAUAAUGUAUCUAAAAAUAUAUAUGAAAGCAAUUCAAGUCAUGAAAAUCAAAUAACAGAUAACUGUAAUACUACUUGUAACAGUCAUAUAUCUAAAGAAGUUAUUUUAAAAUCUCCAAGCAUUUUAAAUCCAAAACUAAUAAAAACUAAUGUAUGUGAAAACAACUUAAUUAAUACUUCACAAAUAGAUGUUGAUGAUACCUAUGUUUCUUUAAAUCAUUUCAAUACAUUUUUUAAAGAUGGGGAAAAUGUAUCUACAAAAAAUGAUAUGUUUAAAUCUAACGAAUCUAAUACUACAUGUCUUCUGACGGAAAAACAUGACCAAUCAUGUAAUGAAAUCAUUUUUAGUCCAAUAAAAGUAUCGAAAUAUGAAAUACCAUCUAAAAUCCAGAAAAAAAUACUUAAUACAAAUUUAUUAGAUAGUUUUGACAUCAUCCCUGGUUUAAAUGACAAACAAAAUGAUCUACCUAAUUAUAAAUUUAAAAGUGAUCCUGUACGAAAACAAAAUGAACGCAAAUUAUUAAAUGGUUGGGAUUGUGAAGAUUGUUGUAAGUUUUAUGAAGCAAAUAAUGAUAAUCCAGUAGAAGUUAAAAAAGCUAUGAAUCACUUUUCAAGACAUCGUUCUGUUAAACAUCAACAUCAUGCUUCUACACCACCUGGUUUUUGGGAUCCAAUCUAAUAACUACAACAUUUUAUUAAUGUAAUUUAAAUAUUGUAAUCUGUUGAAAUGUUUAAAUCUCCAAAGUUAUAUUGGUAAACAAGAAGCAAAUAUUAUUUUUGAAUAAUAUAAACAAUAUAUUUAAAACAUUAAUACUUAACAAAGAUAAAUAGUGUAUAAAAAUAACUAACAAAAAAAAUACAUAAUACUCAAUUCUACUAUUAUUCAAUUAUUUUAAAUAAUAUUAAAGAUACAUUUUUUCAAAUUACUAUAUGCAAUACAACUGGUACCUAUAUUUAAUUGAUGGAUCUUAACUGGAUUAUUACUUAAUUGAGUUAAUUUUCUAAAUAUUAUUAUUGGAGAAAAAAAUU